ACCAAUCAAGUCUACCAACAAACAAUGUCAAACUACAACAUAAAGGACGAUUUCUACGAUAUCCUUUCUUCUAAGUACGAGGAAGCAAUUAAUAAUGGACACAUAUUAUUCAAUGGUGAUUCUGCAGUUGAUGAAAUCGAACACAUUAAGGUCGGGAACUCAACGGUUGAUAUCCAAACCACCUUGUUAAAAUCGCUCAUGCAUAGACCUGAACAGGGAUCUGAAAAAUCUAAUCCUUUUGCUAAACCCGAGCCAGAAUUGACAAUAGUUGAAAAGUUUGGAGCUAAAGAUGAAUUCAGACUAGUAUUUAACAAAUUUCCAGUUGUUCCUAAACAUUUUAUGUUGAUUACUCGUGAAUUCAAAUCACAGAAUUCUCCCUUAACAGGUACUGAAUUAUUGUCUACUUAUAACAUUUUACUUCAAUUACGGAAAUUGAAACCAACAGAAGAUUGGUUUGCAUUCUACAAUUGUGGUCCAGAAAGUGGAGCUUCUCAACCUCAUAAGCAUAUUCAAUUCAUGACCUUGCCACCAAGUCAAAAUUUUAAGGCAUAUAGUGAUAUAUUAUCCAGUACUUCCCAUGCCUUUAUUCCUAAUGUGCGUGAAGAACCAUUACAAAAUUCUGAUUUACCAUUUGCCCAUUUUGUUGCUAGAUUACCAGGUCAAUCUGAAGACAUUACAGAGGAUGACCUUUCGUUAUAUUUUGUGUCCCUUUUACAAAGAUCAUUGACAGUAUCAAGAGAGCAUAAACAAGAUCAUAUUUCCUAUAAUUUCAUAUUUACUCCACAGUAUAUGUUAAUGGUUCCACGUUCAUCCGGAAAAUAUAAGGAUAAGUUAGGUAUUAACUCUUGCGGUGUUCAAGGUUUGCUUUUAUGUAAGAAUGAAGAAUUAUUGGAAUUGGUUAAAACUGACGGUGCAUUGAGUAUUUUGGAAAAGGUUGGUUUUCCAAAUACAAGCGGUAAGGCUUCUAAUGAAUAUGAUUAUUAGUUUGCAAAGUUCAUAGAAAUAGUUCAUAGAAAAUAAUAUAGUAGAUAUUUGUGUUUUUUU